GUGCAGUGGCAGCAGGCGGGCAGGCGCAGGCGGGCUGGGGCAGGCGGUGCAGGCGCGGAUUAGUGAUUUUUAUUUGAAUUUUUUUUAGUAGAAACGAGUCGAAAUAAGUACUGAGUGACAGAUGAAGACGUUGACUUCGGAGAUUUGUCACUUUCUCGCGCUUUAAUUUCGUUUUGCAUGAGUUAAAGGGCUGAUGUGGGGAAAGUGUCUGUGCUGAGCUGUAAAUGAACUCCAGACAUGGACGAUUCGGAAGCUUCCUACCUGGCCUUUAAUGAUUUUAACAGCAAUGGCGGCUCACUGUGGCCGGAGUCACUGGCCCAUCAUGAGCAGCAGGAAGUGGAGAGCUUCAGGAGAAAACUCAAAUACUUCUUCAUGAACCCCUGUGAAAAAUUCCGAGCUCGUGGCAGGAAGCCAUGGAAGCUGAUGGUGCAGAUCAUCAAGAUCGCGGUCAUCACCAUCCAGCUGGUGUCGUUUGGCCUGAGUAAUCAGAUGGUGGUGACGUUUAAGGAGGAGAACCUGAUGACCUUCAAGCACCUGUUCCUGAAGAACUACACUGAUUACAACGCUAAGGCCUACGCCGUGUACACUCAACACGAGGUCUACACGCACCUGUCCUACAUUGUACAGCAGUUCCUGCAUUUACAGAACAUAACAGUGGGGAACCAUGCGUACGAGAAGGACGGACAUCUCUACACUCCUCUACUCAUCUGCCAGAGGUUCUACCACAACGGCAGCAUCUCCCCGGCCAACGAGACCUUCGAGAUCGACACCAAGGUGGAGGAAGAAUGCCUUGAGAUUUAUCCUACCCAGCCGUUCUCCACUGCGGCAGAGACACACCUGUCCAACUUCACACUGCAGUUCAAACGGUUGCUGGAGGUGAAAGUUUACUUCACCCUGAAGGCCAUUAACCUGCAGACAGUGCAGCAUCACGCACUUCCUGACUGCUAUGACUUCAGCAUCAUGAUCACCUUUAACAACCACGCCCACAGCGGCCGGAUCACGGUGGACCUGGACAACGACGUGGACAUAAACGAGUGCCGAGACUGGAAAGUCACGGGAGCCUCCCCUAAGAACAUCUACUACCCGGUGCUGUUCGACGUUGUGAUCAUUCUUACGUGUCUGACAUCUCUGAUUCUCUGCACGCGUUCAGUGAGCACCGGAGUUCAGCUGCAGUUUGAGUACAGCGCCUUCUUCGAAAAGAAUCAUGGGAAGCGAGUGUGUUGGUCCGACCGGAUGGAGUUUAUUAAUGGCUGGUACAUCCUCAUCAUCAUGAGUGACGUCCUCACCAUCACUGGGUCAGUGCUCAAAAUUGCCAUCCAGCUCAAGGCUUUGACAAGUUAUGACGUCUGUAGCAUCCUCCUGGGCACCGGCACCAUGCUCGUGUGGAUCGGCGUGCUGCGCUACAUGGGUUACUUCAAGAAAUACAAUAUCUUGAUCAUCACCCUGAGAGCAGCGUUCCCCAACGUGAUCCGUUUCUGCUGCUGUGCCGCCAUGAUCUACCUUGGCUACUGCUUCUGCGGCUGGAUAGUUCUCGGUCCCUACCAUGAGAAGUUCCGUACCCUGAACACGGUGUCCGAGUGCCUGUUUUCCCUGAUCAACGGAGAUGACAUGUUCCCCACCUUUAAGAACAUGCAGCAGAAGAGUUACCUGGUGUGGUUGUUCAGUCGUGUUUACCUGUACACUUUUGUCUCGCUCUUUAUCUACAUGGUGCUCAGCCUCUUCAUAACCCUGAUCACAGACACCUACGAGACCAUCAAGCAGCAGCAGUUGGAUGGAAAUCCCACGUCUGAGCUCCAGGCUUUUAUAUCCGAGUGUAAAGAUCAUCCAAACUCAGGCUGUUACCGUGUGGAGGAGCGAUCCUAUACCUGCCUCUUCUGCUGUACUCAGAGGCUCAGUGACCUGCACUAGAGAGUUAAACACGGAACGGCGACAUCACCUCGAAAAUAAUUCAUCAUUACAGUUUUAUCUAAUUGCAUCUAUAACAUAAAGUAUAAAAAGCCUAUGAAGGACCAUUCGUAGUGUUUCACACUCACUUUUUACAGGAGGUUGGAAGGAAUAUUUUAAAUAGCACUUUAACUUGAAGAUAACAGUUGUGAAUAUAUUCAGUGAUGCACAGAACUAUAA